GCGUGUGCGGCUUCUCCGGUCGCCUGCCGGGCGCCCGCUGAGCCCUGGGCUGGGCUGCCCCCGCCCCCCGCCCCCCGCCCCCGAGUUUGUACCACGGGGACGCGAAACGACCGAGGAGCCUGACCGACACGUGAAAGCAGACGUCCCCGACUUUUUUUUUUUUUUUUUCCCUUUUUGCCACUUUCCUCGUCAAGGCUCCCAGGGGCCUUGCCGCUGCCGGUGGCCCUGUUAAAAUCAGUUUUCCUCCGGAGUUCGCCCACCUCAGCAUCGUCUGCCAAAUGCCUACUGUGUGCCGGUCGCUGCUCGGGGCUCUAAGGCGCCUCUGAACCUGGUUAGGGUGUCGGGGGAGCCAGGGAGUCCCCCCCCCCGAUCAGGCCGCCGGGACCCUGUGGGUGCGUAAGUUUAGUCUGAGUGUCGCCGACAGCAAGCAUGGGCAGCACAGCGACGAGAAGGAAUGAUGAACCGCAGCCUUGCUCCUGAAUCUUAGAGCCCAGGGGUGCGCGGAGGAGGCCUCUGCCCGCUUUCGCUGGGCUGCUGUACCCCGGCCAAGCUGCAGUUCACGGUCUCCCCGCGACCUGGCAAGUCGAGUCGCCUGCCAACCUGCUAUUUCCCCAACGAACACCAGAAAGUGUCAUCUGUGAUAUGAGCCUGGUUGAUGAUACGUUAGCAAGUAAGACAGAAACGAAGCCAGAAAGACCUCAGAAUUUCAUCAUGAUGUGAGCAACUCCUUUGCCAAAUUCGAUCGUGCUUUACAAAUACAGUUUUUCCUCAAGGUUUUAUGGCCUUUACAAUGUAAAGGCUGCAGACUUAAGUCUAACUACAUUGUUAAUUUUCUCUAUUACUUUCUUUUUUUUUUUUUUAAGGUUUUAUUUAUUUGCGAGAGAGAGAGAAUGAGAGACAGAGAGCAUGAGAGGGAGGAGGGUCAGAGGGAGAAGCAGACUCCCUGCCGAGCAGGGAGCCCGAUGCGGGACUCGAUCCCGGGACUCCAGGACCAUGACCUGAGCCGAAGGCAGUCGCCCAACCAACUGAGCCACCCAGGCGCCCAAUAUAAUUCCACUUUUUAAAAAAAAUUUUAUUUACGUAUUUGACAGAGAGAGGCAGAGAGCACAAGCAGGGGGCGUGGCAGGCAGAGGGAGAGGGAGGGCAGACUCCCCGCUGAGCAGGGAGCCCAAUGUGGGGCUCGAUCCCAGGACUCCAGGAUCAUGACCUGAGCCGAAGGCAGUCGCCCAACCAACUGAGCCACCCAGGCGCCCUUCUCUAUUACUUUCUUAAGUCUAGAUUGGGGGUUCGGUCAGAUGGCAAAUAUUUUAGGCUCUGCCAGACACGUAUAAUCUCUGUCGCAUAUUCUUUGUUUUGUCUACCCCUCUUUUCAACCUCCAAGCUCUGAACUAUGGAAUUUUCAGAUCCCCACAAUAUAAAUAUUCCUCUGAUGGCCAAUUUCAGGCUACCAACGUGGAGUGUCUAAGUGCAGGGUUGAGAAUGCGAUUUCCAGCAUACAGAUCCAAUAGAUGUAAAUAACCUCAAGAGCAUAGGUCAUGGUAGGAUAAUUGGGAAGUAAUGUGUUUUGAGACCUUGUUGUCAAUAGUGCUGAUUUUGCUGUAAGUUUAUAUAAUUUAAUUUUUGAUAAUAUCUGUUUAACAGCAGGCCCACAGAAUUCCUGAAAAUUUAACAUUUGGUUCUCAUGAGCCAGCUCCAGCUUGGCACUGGUCUUACCUCUAAGUGGAGAUGGGGGUGGGUAGGUUAGGCUUCUGGGUUGGUGGUCAAUGUUCAGUUUCUUCACCUGGGUUCCACUUAGGCACACCCCAAGGGGACCCCCAGUGAGUCAACAGCCUGUAUCAUUCCCCCACUUCUGAGUGUGGGCCAGACCAGUCACGUGCUUCUAACCAAUAAUAGAAUUUGGUGAGAGGAGUAGGAUGUCCCUCCCUUGACGAUAUCAUGUCAUAUGUGAAGGAUGAUGGAUGUCACGCCCAUCAUGCUCAUGUUCCUGGGGUGACUGGAGACAGACUCUCCUGCUGGCCUUGCAGGAGCAAACAGCCAAGUGAAGAGCCCCUGGAUAUGACCAUGUGGCAGGAGACUGUGGGCAGCCUCCGGGACCUGAGGGUGGCCUCCAGCCAGCAGCCAGGAAGAAGCUGGGGCCCUCGGUCAUGCAGUCACAAGGAUAUGCAUCUGCUGGCGACCCGAAUGAGCUUGAAAGGGUCGCACCUCCAGAAGAGAACAAAGCUCAGUCUGUACCUGGAUUAUAGAUAGCCCCAUGAGACCCUGCAAAAGCCAAGCCCUGGCUCCUACCCCACAGAAGUGGAAGUUUAUUCUAAAUAUCCUCCAGGACCUGCAUUUGCUACUCUUGGCGUGGUAAGAAAAUGCUUGCCAGGGAGGAUUUCCAACCUGGGACUGUGGUCAUGUGCGUUUAGAAGCGGGUAAGAAACAGGCAGCCGCUCCCUGUGGCCUGGAGUCCGUGACGUCCAAUCUCAUUUUGUCUUGCUGCGUUUGGCUCCAUCGUCUUCCCUGUUCAGACCUCAGAGGAUUUCUGGUUGCACUCCUACACUUGGGUCUGUGGGUUUUUUUAAGCUUGAGUUCCGAUGAUAAUUUUAGGUUGAAACAUAUGAAAUUAGUGACCGUGGGCUGCAGUUGACCUUUCUUGAACGGCAGUAGUGAUCCAGCCCGAUGAUGAGCAGCAUGACUGAGAUCUGGCUUAUCUACCAGGCGCUGCACCAAGCCUUCUACACACAGGACCCCCCCAUCUAGCCUGGAGGUUUACGGGAAGUGGGGAAAAUGAGGCAUGGGGUGGGAUCGAGUAACGUGCCCAGGGUCACGCAGGUAGUAAGUGUGGGAGCUGCACCUGAAACCUGCGGGGGUUGUCCACGCACCCACUACACCUGUGUGCCGUCAGCUCUCCUAACCUCAGGGGCAGAAGCAUAUUGUCACCUGUGUGGGUGACGAAGCAUUUUGUAGGAAAGAUUAAGGGACAGCUUUUUGCCUAUGUAUUUUAGAAAAUUCCCCUUCAGCUAAUAAAUUUCAGCAAUUUGCAAGGAGCAGGGGGUACAGAGAGCCCGAGUGGGCUUUGACAACACCUUGGUCUGGGAGCUAAACCAGCCGCGGCCCUCAGGUGCCCCCCUUCACUUCUUUAAACUUCUGUUCACUUGUCUACACUGUCAAACGGGGCUGGUGAUCAUGCCUUCACGGGGUCUUUUAGAGAAUGAAAUAAGAUAGUCGAGGUGCUUGCACGGCGCCUGGCACACAGCAAGAGCUCAAUAAAGGUUAACGGAAAUAAAGUAUGAUGCAGCGAAUUGCCAAAGGGAGAGAUCUGCUUGUGGGACUAGUCUGGUUAAUUUUUCACCAGCAGCUUCUGUGUGCUGGGACGAGACACAUCGAGCUGAGUCUCCAUCCUCCCCACUGUCGAACCAGGACAACAAUGGUCUCUAACCACCUCCCAAGGAUGGAUGAGAAGGUGAAACUGCAGGGGUCAUGGAGAAGAUCGUGCACUCUUAGGUGCACUUUUCGAUUCCCCAGCACGGCCAUAAAGAUCCAGUUCACAUCACUGUACCGUCAGGAAGAGGCCCCGGCGUCUCCCCUCCGGCCCCUCUACCCGCAGAUCUCCCCUCUGAAGAUUCAUAUUCCGGAGCCGGAUCUCCGCAGCUUGGUCAGCCCCGUCCCGUCCCCAACCGGCACCAUCAGUGUUCCCAACUCCUGCCCGGCCAGUCCCCGUGGGGCCGGGUCGUCCGGCUACCGCUUCGUUCAGAACGUGACCUCGGACCUGCAGCUGGCCGCAGAGUUUGCCGCGAAGGCCGCCUCAGAGCAGCAGACAGACACGUCCGGGGGCGACAGCCCUAAGGAUGAGUCGAAGCCGCCGUACUCGUACGCUCAGCUGAUCGUGCAGGCCAUCUCGUCCGCACCGGACAGGCAGCUAACACUAAGCGGGAUCUACGCCCACAUCACCAAGCAUCACCCUUACUACCGGACGGCUGAGAAAGGCUGGCAGAAUUCAAUCCGACACAACCUCUCUUUGAACCGUUACUUUAUUAAAGUCCCUCGUUCCCAGGAGGAGCCUGGGAAGGGGUCUUUUUGGCGAAUAGACCCUGCCUCAGAAGCGAAGCUCGUGGAACAGGCAUUCCGAAAACGGAGGCAGAGGGGCGUCUCCUGUUUCCGCACCCCGUUCGGGCCUCUGUCGUCCAGGAGUGCUCCAGCUUCACCCACUCACCCUGGGCUAAUGUCCCCUCGUUCUAGUGGCCUGCAGACCCCAGAGUGCCUGUCUCGAGAGGGCUCACCCAUUCCACACGACCCUGACUUUGGGUCAAAGCUAGCUUCUGUUCCAGAGUAUCGCUAUUCCCAAAGCGCACCUGGCUCUCCGGUCAGCGCCCAGCCGGUGAUCAUGGCCGUGCCUCCCCGGCCGCCCAGCCUGGUGGCCAAGCCCGUCGCCUACAUGCCAGCAUCUCUAGUGACGGCACAGCCGCCCUCGGGCCACGCGAUCCACGUGGUGCAGCAGGCCCCCCCCGUCACCAUGCUCAGGGUGGUCACCACCUCCGCCAGCUCUGCCAACGGGUACAUCCUUGCCAGCCAGGCCUCGGCAGGGGGCGCCCACGAGGCGGCGGGCACAGCCGUGCUGGACCUGGGCGGCGAGGCCAGAGGCCUGGAAGAGAAGCCCACCAUCGCGUUCGCCACCAUCCCCGCCGCCAGCCGCGUCAUCCAGACCGUGGCCAGCCAGAUGGCCCCGGGUGUCCCCGGACACACGGUCACCAUCCUGCAGCCAGCCACGCCGGUGACCCUCGGGCAGCACCACCUCCCUGUCCGGGCCGUCACUCAGAACGGGAAGCACGCGGUCCCCACGAACAGUUUAGCCGGCAGCACUUACGCCCUCACGAGCCCCCUGCAGCUCCUGGCGGCCCAGGCUAGUUCGUCCACGCCGGUGGUGGUCACACGGGUGUGCGAGGUGGGGCCCGAGGAGCCGGCGGCAGCGGCCGCCACCCCAGCGACCCCGGCCACCGCUGCCACCUCUGCCUCUUCCACCGGGGAGCCCGAGGUCAAAAGGUCACGCGUGGAGGAGCCCAGUGGGACUGUGACGGCGCAGGCCGGCGUGAUUGCGGCCGCCGGCCCGCAGGGACCCGGAACCGGGGAGUGAAGUCACCUGCGUGUCGGCUGAGUGGGAUGCUCGCCAGAAGGGAUUCUGGAGCCGGGCCCUGACCGCCGGCCUCCUGCCGCCUGUGGACCGUGACGUGGAGGCUCCACGCUGACCUGCGCACGUGCCGAGCGGACAGGGCGGCCUCCACCCGCCUGCACCCGGACACGCUCGUCCUCCUUGUUCUGUCUCCUGCCCCUGCUGUGGUUUAAAACAAAACACAUAAACAAGUUCAGACAGCUGAUUGUACGAUUCGGGAAUGCUUGUUUUUAUUUUCCUUCUCCCUCACACCGUCUUCUCUCCCAGGCCUGUGGUCGAGGGCUGGAUCACGGGCCGACCCGGCCACGUGCAGAGGCGAGGCUUCCAGAGCAGCCUUCGGCCCCGAGGACGGACAGAGGCCUGCACGGGAGGGGCCGGCGGGCAUAAGGCCCGUCGGCCGAGUGGGAGGAGGCCGGAGAGAGGCAGGACCUGUCAAAGCUCAGACUGUUGUGGGCUUUUCGCCCUAAAAUAGUGACCUAGAAAGUCUUGGCAUUAAUCGGGGAGAGGGGGAUCUGGUUUGGCUUUGGACCCCAAAUACUUCCUGUCUUGUUGAAACGCAUUGAGGCUUAAUCUUAAAUCUGAGGUAAACGCAGAAGGAAGCUUGUGUUUGUGAGGUCCGCAUCUGUGGACGGUGGCUGUGGGUCCGGGCUGCGGACAGGCAUUAAUCCCGUGAGGAGUCGCCGCUGCCGCUCUGUCUGCUAACUUCAAGAAAGAUCGACGGCGCCUGGAUUGGCUUUGGGGGCAGAGAGUUGUCUGGGUGAGGAGCCGGCGGCCCUCGUCCAGAGGCUCCGAAGCCAGGAAUCCGUGAGCCCUGCGUCCUCUGUGGGCCUGAGGCCCCAGCGCCUGGACGCCGUGGGACGCACAGCGCUGGCAUGGGCCUCUCCCACCACCACUGUCACCGAGUCACACUCGCUUUCCCGCCGACACGUACCUCCUGCUGUGCGUCCCGCCGUCUCCUGCGUCUGCCGCUCUGGGGCCACGAGCGGUGGCCGCACCGCCCCUGCGCCCGGCUCUUGCGGACUCCGUCGGUCUUGCCCUCGAGCCGACGAGUGGCACCAGCUCCCCUGGGAGGAACCCCUGCCCUUGCAGACACGCCCCUGCUGCCUGGAGCUGUCACCGGACAGGAGGUGAGCCCGCGCUGCCACAUUUAUAGCCCAGUUCGGGAUCCAGAUUAUAGUUCUCCAGCUCCCCGUGGAGAACGUUCUCAGGAAAUGUUAAGCGCGUCUGUGAAAAGUGACUUUAAACUGGGCUGGCCGCCUCGGCACUGGACCCCACCCGGCACAGCAGCCCCUGGCCCCGCACAGAAGCCCAGCGGGGACAGUUUUUCUUCCUGGAAGUAGCCUGUCCUCGGCAUUAGUCUCCCCUCAGCAAAGCUGCCUGCCCCUCCCGCCCCGAGAGAGCGUGCGGCCCCUGGAAAGCCGCCGAGAGAAGGAGGCCUCGCGGGCCACGUCAGGUACUGGCUCAGAACGAGAGGGAAACCGGGGAACACAAUCUCGAGGCCGUUCGGGCGAGAUUGGCUUGUGUGCCGAGCGUGCCGUGCCCGACGGCAGGGCUCGUCGGUGGCCAGGGUGGGUGUGACGAGCUGUCUCGCUGCCACAUUUGCCCGUUGCCGGGGCCACGUGCAGAGCAUCCUCCUGCCUGGCCCAGGGUGACGCCUGUCCUGGCGUCCCUCAAGCCCCGAACCAGUCGUUUUCUAUGGCACCAACCUUUAAGUGGGAAAAAAGCUCUUUUGUGAAAUC